AUGUUUAAUGUGGGAAAACCGCUCCCGUCUCGUCUGUCUGGAGCCUAUCAGGGAGUUGAAGCCGGCAUGCAGGGCGCGGGAAAAGGCCAGAAACGGGCCUUGCGUAAAAGGACGAGGGGGAAAACGGACCGGAAUUCCCAGGAACCAGGACCGUCCUCGUCGAAGAUAGAGGAAAUCGAGGAGAUAGACGGCUCGGACACGGAACCGUGCGGCGGCGUCAUGUCGGGCUCGGGAGACGAGUCGGACACCGACAGCGAGGGAAGCUUGGUCGUGCCGACCAAAAUAAGGAAGCGCGGAAGACCUCCCACAACGGGCGACCAUCUUAUGGCCCAAAAAAAGAGGGAGCACAAAAGAGAAAUAAGGAUGCUCAGAGAGGAGAGGAGAGCUCUGAAGGAAAUAAUGGAUCCUAGAGUUCUCCCGCGGCCCUACAUGCGGGACUCUACGCCUGAAAGGGAACUGAGGGAUCAGUUCCUGAGCAUGGCCCCGGAGAGGAUUGCUGCAAACAUGCUGGACAGCAUAAAAAUAGUAGAAAAGGUCGCAAGACGAUCCAAAAACCUAAAGGGUACGUAUGUCAAAGAACUAGUAAACUCGACAAACGCCCUUAGGGCGGCGGUAAUGGCCUUCACUCAAAAGGCCGCGGCCUCUACACAGGAAGCCACAAUCCCCGAGAAAUCCAGGGGAGAAAACGGCGGACUCAGAGAGAGAGUCAGGGGUCUCGAGAGCCAGCUGGCCAAGGCGGAAAGCGAGAAGGCGAAGGCGGAAGACAAGUCCAGGCCCGGACAAGAAGAAGCCGAGAUGCAGCUAGAUGUGGGAGAGGCGGAAACGCUUCCUCCACCGGCUCCUAAAAUCACCGAAGCCAAAAGACCGGUGGUGAUCAUCAAGAGGAUUGAGCCCUUUAAGGGAGCAGUAAAGGUCCUCCGCCCUGAAGUUCAAGGGCGAAAGAAGGAAAUGGGGGAAAGCCGCGAGGAAGCGAUGGAGGGGGGCAAUGUCCAGACUCCCAGUCAGGAAGAACAAGGACAAGGACGAGGAGAGGAAGCCCCAUCCAGAGGAGAAAAAGCCGACGACCGCGAUGUCUCCCGACAAACCCGUUCCGAUAGGAAGAAGGGAGGAAAGUCGGGGGGCAGAGUGGACGAAGCUAAGGGUACAUCAACCAAGCCCGACAAGGAGAUGCCGAAGCCGCAAAGGGUGCCGAGGCAAGCGCAGACGAAGACGCUGCAAAAGGAGGAACAACUGAGGGAGAAAAAGGCAGACCCUCCGCAGCGUAAAGGCAAUUACGCGGAAGCCGCAAAGAAGCCGGCGAAGAGAGCGCAGCCCGCGGAGGGGAAUAGUGCACCCCAAAGGCCAAAAGGGAGCAAUGAGGCGAAGAACGCUCCCAAGAGGAAGGAAGCCGCGACCCAACCAGCGGCGGGCAAAGGGAGGGGCCCUGAACAGCGGAACCGAAGGACCCCGAGAAGCGAGGCGGUGUCGAUCAUGUUCCCAGCGGGAGAGUUCGCACAGGGGAUGAGGGACAUUAGGUCCAAAGUGAACCUGGACGAACUGGGGAUUGGCCCCCUCAAACAGAGGAAGGCCUUAACCGGGGCCCUAAUCCUGGAGGUAGCUGGGGCCGACAAACUGGAGAAGGCGAACCUACUUGCCGAGCAUAUUCGCAAGGCAGUAGGAAAUAAGGAGGGAGUUCGCCAGACCGUCCAAGAUGGGAGAGAUCUGCAUCAAGGACCUGGACGAGUCGGUGACGCGAGCCGAACUCCAGGAGGUGAUAGCCAGAGCUGGAGAAUGCGACGGGGUGGAGGUUAA